AUGGCUGUUCUUCUCCUCUUUUUCUUUUCUCUCUUCACGAUUCUUUCUGCUCAACCUUCUAUCGUUGAUCGCAAUGUGACCGUUUCAUAUGACGGAUCUGGAAAUUUUACUACUAUUGGUGAAGCGAUAGAAUCUGCACCCUCCUUGAGCACAUCCAUUUAUGUCAUUUACAUCACGAAAGGGGAGAACAGGGAAAACGUCGUAAUUCCACAGCACAAAAAGAAUCUGGUUUUCGUUGGCGAUGGGAUGCUGAAUACUAAGAUUAUUGGAGAUAGGAGCAACGCUACUGGCUUUGGCACCCAGGACACAGCUACCGUAGUUGUGUUGGGAGACGGUUUUAUUGUUCAAGACAUUGCUAUUAUUAAUGCAGCUGGUCCGGAUGGAAAUCAAGUCGUUGCUCUCGGAACAGAAGCAGACAGGUGUGUUUUCUACAAGUGCAGGAUUGAAGCAUAUCAGGACUCUCUCUACGCCAAAAAGUACAAUCAGUUCUAUCGUGAGUGUGAUAUCCUUGGCACCGUAGAUUUCAUAUUCGGACAAUCAAGUACAAUUCUUCAAAAUUGCAAUAUUUACUGUAGAAAGCCGAACCUAGGGCAAAGCAUCACAAUUGUUGCUGAUGGAAGAGAUACUUUAAAUAGGAAUACUGGAAUCGUCUUGCACAAUUGUAGUGUCUUAGCAACUCCGGAACUUGAAGCAUUGAAACAAGAUUUCUUUUCCUACUUUGGUCGUCCAUGGAGGAACUAUAGUUGUUUGAACUUGAAAUCAAGACUUCUUCUUUUACUGGUUAAAUUGUUCAAAUAUGGUAACUUGUAUUGUUUUGGGUUUGAAGUGUUUUGGAAUGUUGGAAGUAUGGCUGAUCUUUUGUAA